UGAUGAACGGGAUGAGAUGGGAAAAUGGCAUGCGAGAUGAUGGACAGAAUGGAAAUGGUCAAACGCUGUAGCUGCGUUGCAAUGAUCGCAUUUCGGCUGUGAUGGUCCACCUAUGCUUGGUAUCCCCCUCCAUGCUAUACAUGAACAUAUCUCUAAAAAUAGCCCAUAACAUAUGGAAGGGUCACACCACUUUUUACAUAAUUCUCCGAGUCUAACCAAAAAGUCUCCGUAUCUAAAAUAACACAAAACUAACCAUUGUCAAAAUACUACCGCGUUCGUUUGGUACCCCUCCUGCCUAGGUAAUGAUGCCUCAGAUUUGGGUAGUUGGAGGGGGCCGAAAAGUGAUUGGGGAUAACACACAAGUUUUGAGGAUGCGGGUCGGAUGAGUGUAAUCUUUGUAUAGAAUUUGUGGUGCACGACUUGUUGGGGUCUAGCCAGUAUACCAUUUUCUUGUUCCUUUUGUUUUAUUCUGAUUGUCUUUGGCUCUGUUCAAAAUAACUGUUUUUGGUAUUAUUUUGAGUGUUUCUUUUUUUCUGGGGGGCUUUGUUGUAUGGGGCUCGUAAAGGUGGUGGAUUGAGCGUGUUCUGUUCUUGUUGGAUGAGGAAAAGCCCUAGGGCCUUCGCGAUCGUCCAUCAAGAGUAUCUGGGUACUUGUUGACCUCUGAACCGGCGGUGGAGACCCUGUGAAAGCAAUUGUGAGCAAAGCGGUAGACAAAGAUCUACUGCCAUCCACAAAAGACUUUGCCCUUCCAAUCACCCACCAUCCACCGCCCGGUUUCAACAAUGGGUAAAGAGGAGACAGAGGAUCGCGGGACAACGAGCAAGUUGGAAGACUACCGCCUAAUGUGCAAGCUGGGAGAAGGCACAUUCUCGGAAGUCCUGAAAGUAAAGCAAAAAAAGUCUGGGAAGAUCUCUGCCAUGAAGCGGUUCCGAAAGCACUUCAACAGCUACGACGAAAUUGAAAACCUGCGCGAAAUCCAAGCACUUCGUCGUCUCAACCCUCACCAACAUAUCAUUGAUCUUGAGGACAUCAUCUUCGACCCCAAACAUGGAAUUCUCAGCCUCAACUUUGAACUGAUGGAAUGUAAUCUGUAUGAGCUCAUCUCUCAGCGGAAGACAUCGGCAAGCAUAACGGAGGGAAAGGCCAAGCUGUUCAUGUACCAGAUUUGUAAGGCUCUGGAGUAUAUUCAUGGAAAGGGGAUUUUUCAUCGUGACAUUAAGCCUGAGAACAUCCUCGUCAAAGACAACAACAUCAAAAUCGCCGACUUUGGAUCUUGCCGUGGCAUUCACUCCAAGCAACCCUACACCGAAUACAUUGCCACAAGAUGGUACCGGUCCCCGGAAUGCCUCCUCACCGAAGGCAUUUACUCGUAUAAAAUGGACAUAUGGGGGGCGGGUUGUGUCUUGUUUGAAAUCGUGUCGAGGGUUCCACUUUUCCCCGGGACAAACGAGUUGGAUCAGCUGCAUAGGAUUCAUGCAGUGAUGGGCACGCCCAGCAAGGACCUUUUGAAGCACAUGCUUGGGCCGAAAAUGAACUCGCUAAAGUACAAUUUCCCCCAAAAGGAGGGAACGGGGAUUCGACCACUGAUUCCACAUAUUAGUCAAGACUGUGUCGAUUUGAUUAAUGCCCUUCUUGCGUACAACCCAGAGGAGCGAAUAACAUCGCGAGAGGCGCUCAAGCAUGCUUACUUUCGAGAUCUCCAGCCGGAAAUGGAGAGAAGUAAAAGUUCACGAUCAGCCGCUGCUUUGCGAUCUGCCAAAAGGAUCGCCUCACUUGCUCAACAAGGGUCGCUACCAUCGGUUCCAAUAAAAAAGAAGAGUAGCAACGAGCUGGAUGCAGCACCUGUAGAGGAGAAACCAGCGCCUUCAUAUACAUAUAUCAAAGCACCGAAACCAGUUGCUCAGGCGCCAUCGCUCCCCACAUUGCCCCAGAAAGCCGUGGCAGAAUCCGCACCUGUCGCAGUUGAGCCUGUUCAUCAUGCACCAGCAGACACACGACAUGAUCCUGUAAAGAAGACGGAAGCCGCUGGCGGGGGACAACCGUCACAGCCACAUGAAUCAAAGCAUGAAUCAAAGCAUGAACAAAAGCAUGAACAACAGCACGAGCGAAAGCAUGAGCCAAAGCAUGCAGUGCCCAAACCCCAAGACACGACGCGACCUCCCCUCCAACCCAUCAAUCACCCAGUUCCUGAACCACAAAGCGAAACUCUCCAUGCAGUGCCCCAGCACAUUACCGCUCGCCACGCUCCGCAGGCCCAUCCUCCUUCACCACCCACUGCAACCUCGACUCUCCCUCCUAUCCUGAGCGUCCCACCUCUUCAUGUCCGUCAACCAGAUACCAGCGACACGCAUUCCACAACCUCGUCACUUUCAACGUCAUCUUUCUAUGCGAAAUUCAAGCAGCAGAUGGAUGAUAAGAAGGCAGCAGAGAGUGUUUUGGCGAGGGCAAGGCGAAUACGAGCUCCAUCUGGCAGGAAGAGAGGGGGUGGGCCUAGUGCUGGACGACGGCAGAAUGUGCCAGGAGGGGAUGCUAGGGGAGCAGGACAAUGGGGGCAUAGUCUGGUGGCAAAGAAUAUGACAACUGUACACAAGCUUCCGUCCAUUGCCGGUGUGUCACAACAACCGCAGCAAUACCAUCAUCCAUCACAGCCGACAACCCUCCCCUCCCUCACAGUCGCCAAACCAGAUGCUGAAAAAAUGCGUGCGAAGCAUGGGAUAAUGGGACAAAAGGACACUUUUGUUCUUCCCUCCCUAUCGAGCAAACCUAAACAUGUCGGGACGACCGGUCCCGGAGCAGGAGGCGGCGGAGGGAGCGAAGAUCGGGUCCCAAUGCAGUUGCCGUCCAUCAAAGCGCAGACAAAAAAGUACGAACCGCAGCGAUGAUGCGAGGCGUGGCAUUUUUUUUUAGGUGCUGUUGGAUAACUGUAGACCUCUUUUUUUAACCUUUUGCCAUACUACUUUUGCUGUAUAACGAUGGUCAACGGCGGAUUUGCAUGUUUUUCGUUUUGCAAAAGAUACCCAUUUAGCGUUGGCCGUUCCAUACGCAAAAAGCUUUUGUUCGCCACGUUGUUGUGAUUCGUUAAGUCUUGUUGAUUGUUGCAAAU